AUGUCUGAAUCCGCUCCCAAACCGAGCAGCAGUGUCAAGCUCGUUCUCCUCGGAGAAGCUGCCGUCGGAAAGUCCUCCCUCGUCCUGCGGUUCGUCAACAACGACUUUCAGGAAAACAAGGAGCCCACUAUCGGUGCUGCUUUCUUGACACAGAAAUGCAAUCUCCCCUCGCGCACGAUCAAGUUCGAGAUCUGGGACACUGCGGGCCAAGAGCGCUUCGCUUCCCUCGCUCCCAUGUAUUACCGCAAUGCGCAAGCCGCCCUCGUCGUCUACGAUCUCACCAAGCCGACAUCCCUCGUCAAGGCGAAGCACUGGGUCGCCGAGCUACAGAGGCAGGCGUCGCCGGGCAUCGUCAUUGCGCUGGUCGGCAACAAGUUGGAUUUGACGAGCGACUCCAAGACCGCAGACAGUGACGAGGAGGGCGCCGACGGAGAGGACGACAGCGGGGAUGCCCGCAAAGUGUCCACCGAGGAGGCCAAGGCAUACGCAGAGGAGGAGAGUCUGUUGUUCUUUGAGACCAGUGCCAAGACAGGGCACAACGUCUCCGAGGUCUUUACUGCGAUUGCCAACGCGAUCCCCGAGACGUCACUGAAGAGCGCACGCGGAGCCGGUGCGUCCAACACGGCUGCAGGCAGGGCGAGUGAGGAGCAGCGUGUGAACUUGGGGAAUGCCCGAGAGUCAGGGUCCAAGGACAACUGCGCGUGCUAA